GAAAAUCAACAAACAUCAAAUCCCCACACGUGCCAGAGUAUAGAAAAUCAAAGAAAAAGAAAUGAAGUCAAGGAGAGAGACGCGGUUGCCAUUUUUCUCUUCCCCUUUUCUUUCUCUCUUCACAGGUUUGGUCAGAUAAUCGGACGGUGGAGAGAGAAAGAUCACGCCGUUGAUUCAUCACCGUCAUCAGAGAUCAUGAACGAGAAGGCCAACGUUACCAAGGAGCUCAAUGCCAGGCACAGAAAGAUACUAGAAGGCCUUCUUAAACUGCCUGAGAACAGAGAAUGUGCUGACUGCAAAAGCAAAGGUCCUAGAUGGGCUAGUGUGAAUCUAGGCAUAUUUAUAUGCAUGCAAUGUUCUGGGAUCCAUAGAAGCCUUGGGGUACACAUAUCAAAGGUGAGGUCUGCCACACUGGACACAUGGCUUCCUGAACAGGUUGCAUUUAUUCAGUCUAUGGGAAAUGAGAAGGCAAAUAGUUAUUGGGAAGCAGAGCUACCUCCAAACUAUGAUAGAGUUGGGAUUGAGAAUUUUAUCCGUGCAAAGUAUGAAGAUAAGAGAUGGAUUCCUAAGGAUGGAAAACCAAGAUCAACUUCUCAGGGUCGAGAAGAAAAGGCAUCCGCACAUUGGCAUAGGCCUGGGGAUAGAGGUGGGAGUGGAAAUACCAGCAAUUCUGAGAAUUCAUUUGAGGAAAAGAAGAAUGUUCAGGCACCUAGUAUAAAAGAUAACGGGCCUGCUACAAGGAUUAGCCUUCCUGUGCCUCCUAAAGGACCUGAGCCAGUUGCCCCUAUUCCAAAGCCUCAUCAAGUUACUCAGAAACCAGAACCAUCAGUGCCACAAGCUGAAUCAGCUAAGCAGGCUGCAGAUUCUACUCCAGUAGUUCCUCCCCCUAAAGUUGAUUAUGCUACUGAUCUUUUUAACAUGCUUUCUAUGGAUGAUCCUACUGAAAAUGGCUCAGAGGCAGCCUCUGCUGAUGAUAAUGCAUGGGCUGGUUUCCAGUCUGCUGAACAAACUUCAACAGCUGAGAAAACUGCUCCUGCAAAACCAAUUGAAGGUAAUACCCAGUCCACUUCUGGAAUUGAGGAUCUAUUUAAAGAUUCACCUUCAAUCAUGCCAGCUGCCUCAGAUAAGCCCCAGAAAGAUGUAAAGAAUGAUAUAAUGAGUCUUUUUGAGAAGUCCAAUAUGGUGUCACCAUUUUCUCUUCAUCAACAACAACUUGCCAUGCUGGCGCAGCAACAGUCCCUUCUCAUGGCUGCUGCAGCUAAAUCCACAGGUGUGGCCCCAAAGUUUUCCAUCAAUGCACAACAACAUAGCUCAAAUGGUACCGAUUUACCCACUCAGAACUGGCCAAACAUGGGCUACCAAAUUCCUGGAAUGAUGAUGCAAGCUGCAGGGAACAACGAUAUGCAGAAAUUUAUGCAGGCUGCAAACAUGGGGCCAACACAUCCAGCUGGGAACUCAGUUCCAUUUGCAACAUCCAGUAUGUAUACUAUGGGCCAAGUUGCUCCCACCAAUGGUGUCGCAACCACUAGCGUGAGUAGACCGCCAUCAGCAUCACCAGCUACGCCUCCUACACAGCCAGGAAAAGAAUAUGAUUUCUCGUCAUUAACACAGGGCAUGUUCUCGAAACCCUAAGUAGCCUUGGGGAAAAUGACAUGAGUUUGUUCGUAUGAAUAUGAUACCACAGUAGUUAUUACCAGAAAAAUAGCAGCUGGAGUUUUUUUUGCUCCUGUAUGGAGAUGUUGGGUGGGGGUGGGGGGGUUGUAAACUAUAUCUGUAGAGGCAAUUUUCAGUUUUUUCCCUUUUGUCAUUUGGGUGGUGGUUCAUUUGUAUGAGUAGUCUUUGGAGAAUAAUAAAGAUGGGUUUUGAAGUGCUUGCAUGCA